UUCAAUUCCUAUGAUCGUGAUCUAGGAACCAUUAUGGUGAAUUUCUUGUAGUUAGGCAACUGGACGGAAGAUAGCAGGCCAUUAUCAGACCUCGUGAACCUCAAGAGGUUUCACAUCCUUCAGAUAUAUGUUAGGGAAGGGUGGGGUUCCUUCAUGCUAGUCGGUUCUUAGUUCCCGUUUCCUAGUCCUCGUCCGUUCGGGAAUUUCGUAACAUUAUUUUGUAAUUUCUUCAAUUUCUCUAAUAUCUUUAGUAUUCACUAAUUCAUUGUUAAAACUGCAAUGGGCUUAAACAAUUGUAAAGGUGAAUAUACUUUAUUGAUUAAACAUUUUUUAGGUAAUUUUUAAUUAGUUUUCUGAAAAUUACGAGAGUUGGAUUAUAUCUUUCAUAUGUUUGCUGUCCCAGUUUAAAAGUCUAUUAUUUUCAUGUUGUCAAGACUAAUUCAGACAUUCUCUGUUGUCAGGCUGUUAAAAAGCUUAUCUAUAUAUAGUAUAGAUAAAGCUAUGGCUAAUGAAUAUGUUGAGGACAUAGUCUGCCAGGAAUCUGAAGUACCGGAUAAUGGAAUGAAAGUUUGUGAUCUUGGUUCUGAUGGAGGAAAAGUAUUGUUGGUUAAGCAAAAGGGCGAAAUUUUUGCCGUUGGCACUAAAUGUUCACAUUAUGGUGCUCCGCUUGCUAAUGGUGCUCUUGGAAAUGGACGCGUACGAUGUCCUUGGCAUGGUGCAUGCUUUAAUAUCAAGACAGGAGAUAUUGAAGAUUUUCCAGGGCUUGAUAGUAUACCAUGUUAUUCGGUUGAAGUCAUAGAGGGUGGUGGUGUCAAGGUCAGAGCCCGUAAACAUGAUCUUGAAAAAAAUAAACGAAUGAAAAAUAUGGUUGCAAAGUCUCCCAGUAACAACAACACAUUUAUAAUUGUUGGGGGAGGAGCUGCUGGUCAAGUUUGUGCUGAAACGUUACGACAAGAAGGUUUUUCUGGAAAGUUGAUUAUGAUUUGUGCUGAAAAAUAUUCUCCAUAUGACAGAAUAAAACUUAGUAAACAGCUUGAUCUGGGUAUUGAUAAAAUACAGCUAAGGCCAAAUACAUUUUACAACGAACAUGAUAUAGAUAUUAUGCUGAAUACUAAAUUGGUUAAACUGGAUGCUGAGAAAAAAACACUUGAGCUAGAUAAUGGACAGUCUCUCAGUUAUAAUUUAGUCUUUCUUGCUACAGGUUCUAAGCCGAGAAAGGUGGAUUUACCUGGUGUCAACCUCAAUAAUGUCUUUACUUUAAGAAGUUUAAGUGAUGCCAGCAAUAUUAAUUCUUCAUUAUCGCCGGAAUCUAAUGUUGUUAUUUAUGGAUCAUCUUUCAUUGGUAUGGAAACAGCUGCAUAUUGUGUUAGUCAUUGUAAGAGUGUAACGGUUGUUGGAAGAAGUGAAACGCCCUUCCAAGAAUCUCUUGGUUCUCAGCUAGGCAAUAGAAUUGCUAAAUUAUUUACUGACAAGGGUGUACAUUUGAAAAUGUCGAAAUCCAUUACUGAAAUCAAAGGAGAAACCAAGGUGGAAAGUGUUGUGCUUUCUGAUGGUGAAACUAUACCUGCUGAUGUGGUAAUUCUUGGACUUGGUUCGACAUUUGCUACUGAAUACUUGGAAGGCUCGGGGGUUGACAGAAGUCCAUCAGGCUCAGUUCUCGUCAACCAGUUUUUAGAAACCAACUGUGCCGGAGUAUUUGCUGGAGGUGACAUAGCUGAAGCUCCUGUGUUAGCAUAUGACAAUAAUAAACGCGCUGCUAUUGGCCAUUGGGGUCUAGCACAUUAUCAUGGGCGCAUAGCUGCUCUCAACAUGGUAUCUAAGGCAACUCCUCUUAAAACUGUUCCAUUCUUUUGGACUAUGCUGUUUGGCACUUCUUUCAGAUAUGCAGGUUAUGGAAAGGCUUUCGAUGACAUUGUCGGAGGAGGAGACCUAGAAAACUUGAAGUAUGCUUGCUAUUAUUGUAAAGGAGAUAAAGUAAUUGCUGUUACUACAGUUGGAGUUGACCCUAUUGCUGCGGCUUUUGCAGAACGACUAAGUUCUGGACAAGAGGUUUUGAAAUCCACAGUAGUUUCUAACCCACUCUCAUGGCACAAAGAUUAGCACAAGCCCUUUGUUACAUUUAUGUAACAGAUACACACCAAUAGAGCCUGCUGGAUAUUGGUUGAUUCAAUACCUGAACAUAUGCUUAAUAUUAGUUUUGUUUAAAAAAUAAAGUUAACUAACCAAGCAGAUAUACCUAUGGUAAUAAAUGAAACAAUGGAAUAUUUAUCUACUUUAGUGUAUGUAUUAAGUGUAACUUGUUUUGUUUUUUUUUAAAUAAGAAAAUCAAUACUUUAUUUAUUGUCACAUCUAUAUUGAUCAAAAGUGAGGUGAUGAUUUAUUUAUUCUAUUGUGAAUAAUGUAAACAUCUACAUUAUUUUUUCCCCUUUCAUGUUAUUGUCUUCUUUUUUUAAAUGGUACAAUAAUAUAUUUUAAUUUACCUCCUUUAUAAUAUAUUAAUACUCUACCUCCUUUAUUAGCCAUUUAGAUAAUUAUAUCUAUUAUCAUAGGCACAAACAGUAUUAUUUGUUUUUAGCACUCUUAUCAGAUAUUAUUAGGUGUUCAUUCCCACACACAUGUUCUCUUUUCCCUUAGAGUAUUGAAUGUUUUAUUUUUUUAAUCAAAUAUAUUUUUAUAGUAGACAUUAGUCUAUUUCCUUGUCAAAAGUCAUGAAUUAAAAAAGUUUAUAUUGUAACUGAUAAUUAAGCAAAAAAUUGUAAUUAUUUUAUCAAUUUCAGUUUAUUGAAUAAAGCAAAUGUACAACCAAUCUACUCUUUAUAAUUUACUUUGAUUUAAUUUUUAUUGUUAAGAAACUUUUUAUUUUAAAUAGCUAAACUACCAUCGAAUAUUUAUGAGCUUUCAUUUUUAUAAUUUUAAGUAAUGUAAAAGUAAUUUCGAAAUCAAAA